AUGACCGCUAAAAGGGAUAGGCUCAAAAAAGGCUGCAGAAAGGUCGCAAAAAGGCAGCAAACAGGGAGCCUUUGUCACCCUAAGAGGAACUUUUCUAGGGAGCCUCUUUCACCCUUUCCGAUUCUGUCUAUGUUUUAAAUAAAUCAAAUAUUUUUUUAAAAUUGCUUCAAAAAUUUCAUUAUACAAAUGAAGAAAACAUUUAAUAAUGCGAUUUUAAUUGGCCCCAAAAUGGAUGUCAUGAACCGCACUCUUCCGUUUCAGGCCAAGAAAAAUGAGUUAUACACAGAUUUUAUUGAAUAUUUUCGGGAAAAAAAAAACAAAUGUACCUAAAACAAGGAUCUCGUGCCAAAAAACUCUUCAUUCGAAACAAUACCCCCUGAAAUCGCGAUUUAUUUUUCCGCGUCAAAAGUGACACUUUUGAGGAGGGCUGGGACCAGCAGGCGCUCCUCUGUCGGCGUCGUUUACAUUAUCAAAAGCCCAUAAAUUGCGUGGUUAACACAGUGUAACCGACGAUUUUGAAGGCAGAUAACCACCAGCCAACUGCUUCCAACGACUUUGACGGCCGAUGAUGAAAUGACACGCGUUUUAAUUGAAAAUAUGCAAAUGGUUGUUCGCUGGAUGAGUUGUUAAUUAGGUGGAUGAUCCCCAGGGUGUGGCAGAGCUACACGUGCGCAAAACAUACACACACACAUACACACAGAACGCCGCCACAGUCGUCCGAAGAUCAAUCAAUCAGUUUCCGGUGCGUGAUCUGCGGAAAAACGCUCAGACUUGCCGCCUCACGGGUCACUUGCUGCCGCUACGUAUCGUCGGCACUCCCGUAGCGGUUUCGACGCGACCAGGCAUGUUGCAACAAGUCUCACCUGGGCUUCAUUAGUUGUCUGGAUCUCGCCAAGGUUCAUUCAACGCUAAUAAGAACGGGUUGAGUAUCACUUCGACACCUACGUUCCUUGGAGUGAUAGAAGGGCUCACCGAAAAAGUCGGGUCAUGGUUAAAGAUACUACUUAAGUGACAUCUUCUAUAGAUAUAUCAGUGGGAAAAGAAGUUUGACAUGCGUAAACCCCUUGAAAGAGCUUUUCAGAAGCGACGAAGAUUUACUGUGACUUAAAAGUAUAGAUUUCUGAUUCCGAAAAAUUCAUUCUGGAUUUAAAACUAGAAAGAGGAAUGAUUUUUUGGAAUCUUGCUCGCAAUCGAUUUCGCUGUAAAGUUACAUACCGCCAAAAAAAAUUUUUUCGCUUUGCUCGAUUAAAAGAUAAUUUAAAGGACUCGAUCUCUAUUUCCAUUGACAUCUUCGUCAUCAGAACGAAGUUGAAAAAAGAAAAAUAGAAAACUUUCUCAUGUUUAUAUUGAUUUUCAUAACUGCUAUUUCUUCUCUACGGUUCAUUUUCCUGAAAAUCACUAAUCUUUCACAUUUUGAGAGAAGCUAUGUAUACCGAAUAUCCCCAAAGUAAAGUUUACUUGGAAUCAGUUUCCCCUGAGGUAGACGGUUGUAAUCGCUUUGAAAUGCUCUUUGAGAUGAAUUUAUACACCAAGUUUCAUCUAUCUAACCAUAUAAAUUUCAAACUUUAACCAGGAGUCAGCUCCGAUUUCAGAUCCCCCAGAACAGCAUACCGAACGUUUGCUUCUGGUGUGCUCACAGAGCCGUCAUUCGGUUUCGACAACCUCGACUGUGGAAUAAUAACAUGCAAGCCGUCGAUCCGCUCUUGUUUGCGUGAUUGUUUGUGUGUCUACCGGCAGCUGAACUGUCGCCGAGCGGCGCCGAGUUGGCAGCAGCACGUCAGUCGCUUGUCCGGCUACGACGCGCUUUUUGACAGCUUUGCAACGAGCAUUCUUUCGCGCAAAGAAACACAUUCCUUACACGGUCCAACUGAAAGAAGCAACUGCAAGAGUAGAAACAAAAAUAAAAAAAAUAGUAUUUUUGAUGCUUCAAAAUUUAGUGGAGUGAUUUAUUUCGAAAAGCUUUUCUUACUCUUAUAGGGGAGGUCAUUCUACUUUGCGAUUUUCCUGAAAACUUACCAGAACACUUUUUGUGGUACCGGAUGAAGAUCCUGAAAGUUCAUAACUUCCUAGUUUUCGAGAAAUAAUGACUUGAAGCCUUAAAAUAGCCUUUUUAAUGGAUUUUAAGGAUUUUAUUUGAUUUCGCUGUGUCUUUUCUCGAAAACUAGAAACUUGUGCAGAUUGAAAUUUUUAGAAUCUUCUUCUGGUACAUCAAGGAGUGUUCUGGCCUAUUUUCAGGAAAAUAGCAACCGCAAAAAAAAAAACUUUUUAUACAUUCAAAAAGGAAUUUUUUCAUUGUUUUUUUUCAAAAUUCGGCUCUUAAGUUUGUUUUUAUUACAUCUUGCAUUGAAAAAAAUUUUUCGGAUAUUUCAAAGGAUCUUCCGUGAAUUCUAGGUAAAACUAAACCUUUUGAAUAAAUUGAAAAAUCGGGACUGAAAAACCAUUUUUAUAAAAAUUCAUUUUUUUGAAAGAAUUGUAUAAAAAGAUUAUUCUGCCGAAAAAAAAAAUGAAAAUGGCUUCAUUUUUUGAAAAUGAGAGUUUUUACGCAUUAUUUUUGAAGAGAAAAUAAUUACUGAAGCUUGAAGACUUGUAAUCAGCCUUAAAAAGAAUACUCAAAAAUCAUUCUUACCUUUAAAGAAUAUUUUCAAUCUUCUAGGACUUUUUCUUUUUGAUUCAGAAGUCAGCAAAAAUAUUAAACUUUCUUUUCGGUCUCUUUCUGUUUCAAAAAUGUACAAGGCUUUAACUGUAGAUUCCAAAAUUUGUUUGUAAGAUUUUUUGAUCGCAAAAGAAGUAUCGAGGAAUGAGAGAAGACAUAUGGGAAUCGAACAAGCAGAUGAACAGUACCACAUUGGCUAAAUCUGAGGGCUUUCUGGGUGUCAUCCAUCAUUGUGCCAAACGGCCCAGGCUAGGAACGUCGUUCGUCCAUCUGUAGCGGUGGACCGACGGAAAGGGCCGUAUAGAAAUGUUGACACCUCUCAUUACUCGGAUUCGGCCAUUAUCCUACGGUGAGACCCCUGCCGCCCAACACCUACAUAAACUCAUUAUAUCUGCACCAGCCGCCAACUCAUCCAUAUUGUCCAUCGGCCACCACUUUUCCCUCCUUUCCUUCUUAUUUUAAAAGAGGCUUGUCGUUUUUUUUGAGCGUGUCAGACUGGGGGUUGUUUUAGAAAGCACAUCCAAUUCAUGAAUCCCGAAAAAUAUUAACCUGCACAGCCUUCUAGUUUCAAGAGAAAAAUCUCAAUCCUUUUUUUUUGCUGAUGAAACUUUGAGUUAUCAUGAAGUCUUAAUGUCCUUAAGUUGCUCCUUUCCUUUGGUUAUUUGUGAAUUAGGAGUUUUUGAGCCCUUCCAUUUUUUUUUAAUCCUCUCAUGUUACACUGAUUUUUGCGAGGAAAAUUUUCAAGCUUGAUAAAAGUCUGAAAAAUCAAAAUUUACUAUAACAAUUUUUUGAGCUUCGUUGAUUGGUUGAUUCACUCAAGAAAAAACCUUUUGAACGAAAAAAAAAAAAUUGAUCGAAGCUCUUCUUUGUUGGUUCUUUUUUCUUAUCCUGUCGUGUUUUCCGAACACUCCUCAUUUCGAAAAGUUCAGUUUAUGGGUUUCCCUUGAAAGUUCCCACGAAUCUCUUCAGUUUAAAACACCUUGUGAGACCAGUUAUCAGUGUCCUCAAUCUUGGCACAAGAAGAACCGCCGUAAAUCACAUCAAAUGCACACGUUCGAUUUUGUCUGUCCCUUUCCCUGCACGAGGUCUCAAAAGCACAAACAAAAGCGGCUAGCAAAUCAGCUAUCAAAUCCGGCGCCGUAUCACUCGAAUUAGAAGUGCUAAGACGCGCUAGUCGGCGAAGAUGGGUGGGUGUACGGUAGCCGACUUGGAGAGCCGCGACUCGGGAGCCACAGUGUUAAUCUGUGUAAUCAGAGCGAUCGAGCAUUGCAGCCGGCCAAUUAGACACUUGUGUGCGAAGGAGAAGCUCAGUCAGGCGGUGUUUAGAGGCGGCUGAGGCGCCGCCGCAAGAAGAGCCUCGUCGAUCAAAUCGGAUCCCAAUCGAAUGUGUGCUCAACUCCGAUGCGUCCCAUGUGCAAACAGCCAACAAGCACAUCAUCACAACUCUUCAACAUGGGAAACCACAACCGUUUCUUCUUUCUUUGCGCCUCGAUCCGAUUCGUCGCUGA